AUGGUUAUCUUGGAUAAUACACCUAUAGCUCAGACAUUAUGUGUCAUUCCGUAUAAAUAUAAUAUAUCAUUCAUCUACCUUGGCGUGAACUUUGAACCCUUCUCUGCCGCAAUACCAUUCUCAACAGCUUUUGUACCUUAUAAAGGAUUACCCCUGUCGGAUCAAAUGACAUUUACAGAACGGUUAGGUAACGCCGUGUCCAUGUAUGCUCCAGAGAGACCGUCCAUUGCUGUUCGUGAAAUACAGAAACAGGCUGCUCUUCAUCUCAUAGAAUGGAAUUUUGUUUUAGAUUAUCCAGUCCCUACAUUACCACACGUAAUUCUAAUUGGCCAAAUAACACCAAAACAUUCAAGAAAAGAGUCCCUUUCUACAGAGUUAGAAGAUUUCCUUGAACGUUCCAAACAUGGUGUUGUGCUCGUGUCAUUUGGUAGUAUUGCUCCGACUACUAGAAAUGACGUAUUGGAUAAAAUGGUGUCGGCGUUUCAGGAAACUAAAUAUAACUACAUCAUUAAGGGCAGCUUCACCAAUUCUACAAACAAAAACCUUGUUGUUGAUUGGAUGCCACAAAAACUACUCUUGACGCAUCCAAAAAUUAAACUGUUUAUAACCCAUUGUGGAGCCAACGGUCUGGGAGAAGCCAUAUCCAACGGGGUUCCUUUGCUGGGAUUUCCGUUAUUUGCUGAACAGCCUGGUAAUGCAUAUAGAGUUCAAUCUAGAGGUUUCGGAUUGACAAUGAAUUUAUUUGAAGCAACAAAGGAAGAAAUUGUCAAAGGAAUUGAUGAAGUUAUUGACAAUCCUGAAUAUAAAAUGAAAGUACAAAGAGCAUCUGAAAUUCUGAAAGCUCGUGAUCUCAAUGGUUUGGAUCAAGCUAUAUUUUGGAUUGAACACGUGUUGAAGUUUGGUGGUGAAUACCUCAGAUCAUCUGGUAUAGAUCUGCCUUGGUAUCAAUAUUUUCUAUUGGACGUUAUCGCCUUCCUUUUAACAUGCGUUAGUUUUAUGGUCAGCAUCAUAUACUUUUGUUUAAAAUGUAUUUUUCGAAGAUGUGUGUCACGUAAAUUAAAGGGCGAUUGA